GUCCGUGCGAGAGCCCGCCUAGGUCGGCACCGACGCGUCGGGCCGUACAGUGGUCGGGUGAUUCUGUCACAGCGACUGAAUGGUGCUGGAAGCUGGCGGCAAUGCGGCCAGGGUAGGUCGUCGUCGCGACUGUCAGCUGUCUCUCAGGCCACCUGCUCUCUCACUUGCAUUUGGAAUUUGGAUUUUCGUGGCGUGGUUCGGCUAUUGUGAUUGUGGUGACUGCGGCGUAUCGUGCCGGACGAAGGGUUUAAAAUGGGCGCCAGACCAGAGCAGUGGAACUGUCUUAUGGACAUUCUUGCCCAUGACAAGGAGCUGCUCCACGGAGAUUUUAAGGGUCCCAACGGUGUCAUAAGGACUCGGCAGAGGUGGGAAGACAUAGCCGCUGUCCUAAACCAGAUCCCUGGUGAUCAGAAGGACGGGGCUGGUUGGAAGGAAUCAUGGAAUAAACUGAAGCUUAGAGCUAGAGAUGCAUGCCGGAAGAGGGCUGCAUAUAUGGCUGGGACAGGGGGUGGACCAGUCGCUUCUAUCGUGGGGUUAGGGCUUUCAGCCCUCCAUGAGCGUGUGAUCAAUUUGACAGGCCUAAAGGCUGCACUGGGCAGCCAUGCCCCUGAUCCCUUGCAGAUUCAACUUGAUAUGGCUCAAGCCGAAGUUGUAGAUGAGCCACAAGGUGUUGCUCAAGCACCUGCCCAAGUAGCGCAAGCUGCUGAGGCUGCCCAUGCUGCGCCACCUGCUCAACCAGCUGAGGCUGCCCAUCCUGCGCCACCUGUUCAACCACCUCACGCUGGCCAAGCUGCACAAGCUGCUCCACUACCUGAGGCUGGCCAAGCAGCGCCACCUGUUCAACCACCUGAGGCUGGCCAAGCUGUGCAAGCUGCUCAACCACCUCAGGCUGCCCAAGUUGCGCAAGCGGCUCAACCAGUUGCUUUUGUGGUGCUAGACGAUGAAGCACUGCUUGGAGAGGCUGCUGGGCCUGUUGCAGGCGUCGAACCAGACCUUGUUCCAUUCAAAUGGGAGAACGAAGAUGACAAUGAUGUGCUAUUUUUGGACUUGUUGACACCUGUAAAGAAUAAAGUGGAGGUGAAGCUGGAGCCUGUCGAAGCCCAAAUCAAGGAGGAAGGAGGAAUUGGAGGCAUGUACCACACCCCGCCAAGGGAGUCUGGUCUCACACCUUCUUGCAAGAGAAGGCCUACCAGAGACCACACCAGGCAUGAAGGUUGUUGGGGACCAUCUGAUACACGACUCUCUAUUGAGUCCAGGUAUGAGGCAGUGAUCCGACACAACACUAUUGUUAUGCAAGAAGUAUUGAAGGUGAUGCAAAAUUUCAAUCUUCAAUUUUGAUUAUUAUCAUUCAUCUUGCAUUUGACCCAUUGAUCACAAACUGUAGCAUUUAAAUGUACAAUUGCACAGUUCCAUUUGUAUUUAAAUGUACAAUUGCACAGUUCCAUUUGUAUUUGUUUCUCUUUUCCAAGUUUUAAUUGGUUGUUGUUAGCCACUCAAAACAUUAAUCUCAAACUUUUCUUGAUUUUUCUUGCAUUUGCAAAUUUGACCAAUUUGUCACAUUUCAUUUUUUUAAGAAGUUCAAUUGUGUUUUGUUGUGCAUAAGCAUGCAUCUCAAACUUGUCCUGAGAUUAUUGUUCAUUAGAUGUUCCUUUUUUUCUAUGUUGGUUUUUUUUCUUAUGUUGACUAU